AUGGACGAUCCGUUGGAGGAUUCCGGCGCCGGCGCCGGCGCCGGAGACCGGCGAGUAAUCUUCGGGAAAUACGAGAUGGGUCGGUUGUUAGGCCAAGGAAUGUUUGCAAAAGUUUAUUACGCGAGGGACUUAGUCACGUCGGAGGGUGUCGCCGUGAAAGUUAUCAAAACGGAGCAGGUGAGGAAAGAAGGUUUAAUGGAGCAGAUCACGAGAGAGAUAUCCGUCAUGCGGCUGGUCCGCCACCGUAACGUCGUUCAGUUGACGGAAGUUAUGGCGACGAAAACCAAGAUUUUUCUGGUAAUGGAGUACGUCAGAGGCGGCGAGUUGUUUGCUAAAGUCGCGAAAGGAAGAUUGAAAGAAGAUUUAGCGAGAAAAUAUUUUCAGCAGCUGAUCAGCGCCAUCGAUUACUGCCAUAGCCGCGGCGUCUCCCACCGUGAUCUGAAGCCGGAGAAUCUCCUCUUGGACGAAAACGAAGACCUCAAAGUCUCCGAUUUUGGAUUGUCGGCAUUGCCGGAGCAGCUGAGGAACGACGGAAUGCUUCAUACUCAGUGUGGUACUCCCGCAUACGUUGCGCCGGAAGUCCUCCGGAAAAAAGGCUACGAUGGCGCCACAGCCGAUAUCUGGUCUUGUGGCGUAAUUUUAUACGUUCUACUCGCCGGCUGUCUUCCGUUCCGAGAAGAUAACGUCAUGCACAUGUACAAAAAGAUCUUCAAAGCGGAAUACGAGUUUCCGCCGUGGUUCUCCGCCGAUGCACGACGGUUGAUUUCAAAGCUAUUAAUGGUGAACCCGUCGCAAAGAUUCACAAUUCCGGCGAUCAAACAGAAUCCAUGGUUCUCAAAAGGGCUCGAAACUCCAAUCGCCAUUAACGAACUCGAUCAUAGAGACGAAAACAAACCAGAAUCAGAAAAGUUUUCCGUUAAAAGAUCGAAAUCAUCGCCGCCGUUCUACAACGCAUUCGAGUUCAUCUCCUCCAUGUCCACCGGCUUCGAUUUAUCCGGCAUGUUCGAAACUAGUCGGAAAUCCGGAUCCUUAUUUACAUCAAAAUUUGGAGCCCCGAUCAUCAUGAACAAACUGGAAUCCGUAGCUAAGAAGUUGAAUUUGAAGAUUUCGUUUUCGAAUCAAAACGAGUAUAAAUUGAAGAUGCAGGGGGUAUCGGAGGGAAGAAAAGGGAAGUUAUCGGUGACGGCGGAGGUGUUUGAGGUGGCGCCGGAGGUGGCGGUGGUGGAGUUAUCGAAGGCGGCGGGGGAUACGUUAGAGUACAAGAAAUUAUGCGAAGAGUACAUAAGGCCUGGGCUACAAGAGAUUGUGUGGAGCUGGCAAGGUGAGGAUAGCAACCGUUAACUGCCAAACAACCGACCAUAUUAGAAAUCACUUGAGAUGAUAUGAGAUCAAACUGUUUUUUUCUACUAGUGAGACCAUAUAAAAACACUGAAACUUCACAAUAAAACAUUGUAAAGGUAAAUCUUUAUAGUGUUUUUGUUGUGAAAAUACGAUAUUUUAAUGUUUUUUUUUCUAUAAAGUUUCAGUGUUAUUUUGUGGUUUUACUAGUCUUACAAAAACAGAUUGGUUUCACAUGAAUCCGGCCUCGUAGAAAGUAGUGGUAUAGUAGUUGGCUGAACUUAUAAUGUAACUAAAAUGUU